UUCUGGUUGAGAAUUUCCAGGAGUGUUCACCUGGGGCAGAGCUGCGGGAUUGCGCUGAGGAUUGCUAUAAUCUGUGGAAUUCUGAAUGAGCUCAGGCUCUCCUCUCGGGACAGAGGGACUCCUCAGACUAUUUUCCAUAGUCACUUUAAUGCACAGCCAUAGUUUGAAGUGUGAGCAUUAUGAUUUACUGAGAUUUUACAUAAGCAAAAAAGGGUGCCUGAAGUGUUGGGUAAAAUAGAGAGAAUCUGGUCCAGAGUUUGAAGGCAGAAAACUCAAGUGUGUCCCACAGGUUAUAAGUAAAAUGUGAAAAAUAAAAGGGUUGUAGUGUCUCUUUGCCCUUGCACAGAGAUGUUGUGGGAAGCCUCCUGAGAGAGCACCACAUUAAAAUGAUUCCGAGUUGAAACGCUGAAAGCUUCAUGUAGACAUUUCAUGGGUUUCUUCUUUUCAAUUUUGUGGUGAGAGAGAGAAGGAGAAGGGAAGAAACUUCAUCUCUAAGAAGUUGCUCUGUCAGAAUUUUUGAUACAGUCAUUACUUUAAAAUAAAAAUACCUAAACUGUGUGCAGUCAGGGAUAAAUACAAAUAAAUAUCUGACAGAGCAAUUAAUCUUUUCCAAGCAAGAUGCUGGCAGAGUGGCUUAGGGGGCACAAUUGUGCUGGGAAGAGCUUUCAAACAAAUUGUUUGAAAACCUUGCUGUAAUCCCAGUGGAAGUUGUCUGCAAGCACAUUUCAGAGGUCUGCACUUGUUUUAAUGAGAUCUAGAUUAUUUAUCUCAAGUCAGGGUUUUUUUUCCUUCAUUUCCCUCCAAACUUUUUCAAAAGUUAAACUAAUUGCUAGGUCAUGGGAAAAAGAAUAUAAUCAAGGAGAAACAAGUAGACUUCCUUGUUAUUAGCUAACUUCAGUAACCUUCAAAUAUACUUUGGCCAUGUCACAGGCUUAUUCCAAGGAUCUUCUGGAGAACAGCAGCCUGUAAAGGUUUCUGUUUGUGAAAUGUUAGCAGGGUCGAAAUAAUUUAAAAACACAAAAACCCUUCAAGUUUAUCAUUAUACAAACUUACUCUCAUGAAUUUACUCUCAUCCCCACUUAGACUCCUGCUUCCGUGGUGAAAUGAUCUUCUGUGAUCAUGCACUUGUAGAAAGGGAAUGUCAAAUAAGAUUAGCGACAUAAAUCUCUGCUGCUUCAUGAGUUUUACCCAGCUGCCUGGCGAUUUCACAGCUGUUUGUGCAUUUGAUAACAAUUUCCAUAGCUCUGCUUUCUGCAGAGAGUUACAAAUCUUGUUUUUAAAAAUCCAGUAACAGAAAUGAGUAACAGUAAAUAUAAUGAACUUGUCUUUAUUACAGAGAGUUCUUGGACUGUGUAAGUCUGCCUCUUUUUGUUCUGAGAAGAGGUUUUGGGAUUAUAUUACUUAGGUUUUCUUGAAGAGAUUUAACAGGUUUUUUAGUGGUGUGUUGUCACAGUCAGUUCACAGCUAGGCAAUCUGAGGAACAAGGAGAUGGAGUGAUUUGCUCAAAGAAAUUGGACACAUAGAAGACACAAACUCCCGUGUAUUCUGAAUCAUUAUUCACACAGGUGAUGUCAGCAAUAGAAAUUAAGUUAAAAAUAAGAUUUUUAUCUACAGUAUUUCUUGUACAUUGCCUUUUCCUGCCUGGUUCUUUCUGGGGGACUUGACUGGGUUAUAAUACUCACUACAGGAUGUCACAUCAUCAAAGGAAAAUGUUACAUUGGGCCAGAAAUGGGUGUCUGCUUCCAAGAAAAGAGGCAGAAGCCACAAGGAGAGCAGAGGGAGAACAUCUCCUGCUUUGGUUAGGUUAGGAGCAGGAGUCAGCCCACAGCAGGAGCUUCACACUUACAACUUUCAUUCUUAAGAAGCUGAUAAAUAUCCAACAAAUUUUCUUGUAGGAAACUUCCAUGCUAGAAUAUUGUCACCUCCAGUUCAUCAUUCAGCAACAACUGACACUUCAAGUGGCUCUUUCUGCCUUGAAUUGUCAUACAAGACAUCUUCAGCACUCCUCUGCUUUCUGAGCCAAGAGUCUGUUACCAUGGAUUUCUCCUGGAUCUGUGCAGCACACGCUCAGCAGAGCCUGCUCUAGCCUGAGAACGGGCCCAGUCAAGACAACCAAGAUGACAAACGAGCCUGUCAAAGAGAUCCUGGGCACCCCAAAGCAGCCUGAUUCUGUACCCACAGAGAAGAGUAACAACAAUGACUGUGUGAUAACCACCAUCCCCCUGGUCAGUGAAUGCCAGCUGACAGCAGCCACGGGGGGAGCAGAGCUCUCCUGCUACCGCUGCACCAUUCCCUUCGGCGUGGUCAUCCUGAUAGCUGGCAUCGUGGUGACUGCCGUGGCGUACAGCUUCAACUCCCAUGGAUCCAUCAUCUCCGUCUUUGGGCUGGUCCUCUUGUCCUCAGGACUCAUUCUGCUGGCUUCCAGCGUGGUGUGCUGGAAAAUCAGGCAGCAGAACAAGAAAGCAAAGAGGCGGGAGAGCCAGACAGCGCUUGUGGCAAACCAGCGAACCUUGUUUGGUUAGAGGCAGCCGAGAGAAGGCUAGACAGAAGGCAGAACCUUUGUAAGUCAACUUGGCUAUUUAUCAGUAGGAGACAUUGCAGGUUUUAAUUUAACUGUGGAAAUGAACUGAAAUGAAAAUGGAAUGGAUUAAGAAAUAUUUGUAGCAACUCUGCAAGUGCUCUCAGUAUAUUUCUUACUGUAGACUUGGCAGUGAUUCUUUCCAAGACAGAGGAAAACCCAUUUUUCCUUCACAGAAAACUGUGUCACAUAACUGUAACCAUCCUAACUGUGUUCUCCAACAUGCUGAUUGUGUUGGAAAGGGAACUUAUGGGAACUGAGAAAAUGACUUGAACUGACUUGAAAUGCCAGAGUUCUCCUUAAAACACUGAUAUUUGACCGAGGGAGAAGUCACAGCAUUUGAAGUGACUACAAGCCAGAGUAUCUGGGACUUAAACUGUAGCUAAAAAACAAAAAGGCAAUAAGAACACAUUGCAAAUUGCUCAAUAAGCUGAUUCUUAUAUUUUAUGUAACUUCCCCCUCCCAAUACCUGUGGUACUUUCCCCCUUUUUUAAAUCAACUAAUAUUGAUUUUGUUUCACUAUUGAAUAGAAAUCAGUAGAAAUGUGUAA